AGUGUGCCACUGAGGGUUUUCCUGUACUCAGGAUUCGAAGGGUAAUGUGGCUGGCACUUUGGAGUAUAGUUUUGCUGCUCUUUUGCCCAGAUGGCAUCCUUGAAUAGUGAAGAUGCGCUUCAGGAUUUGUCAUCCCUCUCCCUGUUUGAUUUAGAAAGCCUGCACCCCUUCCGCAGCCGCUCUGCAAGUUUCAGCAGUACAGGGUCCAGUGGUCGCUUACAGCUCCGACAACGAGUGGCACAACUCAUGGCUUGUGUGGAGGACGUCAGCUCAGAUGAUGAGAUUCAUGAGGAAGUGUCUCGCACGCUAGAUGAGGCUUUCCUGAUUUGGGGGAAAAAGCUGAAAGACAAGUGCCAAGAGUUCAGACUGCACUUGGUAACCUGGAAUGUGGGCACAGCUUUUCCUCCUCCUGAUGUCACUGGCUUACUUCAGCUCAGUUCACAGGGACCGAGUAUGGAUAUGUAUGUUAUUGGUUUACAGGAGGUAAACUCCAAGAUCAUAAAUUUCCUUUCUGACUUGGCAUUUGAUGAUCCGUGGAGCAUUUUCUUCAUGACUGUAUUCUCUCCUUUGGGUUAUAUCAAGCUGUCAUCCAUUCGAAUGCAGGGACUCCUUCUGCUGGUCUUUGUGAAGCAUGCCCAUAUCCCCUUCAUACGGGACAUUCACACUCACUACACGCGCACAGGCCUUUAUGGAUAUUGGGGGAACAAAGGAGGAGUCACCAUUCGUAUGUCCCUCUAUGGUCGUACGAUCUGCUUCAUGAACUGUCAUUUGCCUGCUCACAUUGAGAAUGCUGAGCAACGAUUGGAUGACUUUGAGAAAAUUCUGGAAAUGCAGCAAUUUGAAGAUGAGAAUGUGCCAAAUAUUCUAGACCAUGACAUUCUUUUCUGGUUCGGAGAUCUCAACUUCCGGAUAGCAGAUUAUGGAAUACAUUUUAUCCGAGAGUCAAUAAGCAAUAGCCGAUACAAUCUACUAUGGGAAAAGGACCAGUUAAAUAUGGCAAAGAAGAAGGAAGCUUUUCUCCAGGAAUUUAUAGAGGGUCCCUUGCAGUUUAAACCCACUUAUAAGUUUGACCUUCACUCUGAUGUGUAUGACACGAGGGGGCAGAAGACACUGUUUUGGUUUAAUGGGAAGAAACGGAAACCAGCAUGGACAGAUCGAAUUCUUUGGAGGGUGAAGAAUCUCUCCCAGCAUCCAUCAGAGGAUGGAGAUUUUUGUGAAGGAGAGCAGACAAUCUCUGUGACCCUGAAUAAUUAUAUCAGUCACAUGAGCUAUGGCAUCAGUGAUCACAAACCUGUUACAGGAACCUUCGGGCUUCAGCUAAAGCCUCUUUUGUCCACUCCAUUGGUCACUCUGAAUCCUGAGGGUGAGUGGAAUGCUGCACGGGAUGUUCUAAUCAGCUAUUCCACGUUAUCUGAAUUUCCAAGCAGUACCUGGGACUGGAUUGGGCUCUACCAGGUGGCAUUCAGGCAUGUGAAUGACUAUGUGACCUAUACCUGGGUAAAAGAUGAUGAAAUUUCGUCCAGUGAAGAUGUUACUCAAGUUUACAUCAGUGCUGAUGAGAUCCCCCAUGCAGGAGGAAAGUUUCUCCUUUGUUAUUAUAGCCAUAAUAUGCAGUCUAUAGCUGGUAUCAGCCAGCCCUUCCAGAUUCAGCCAAGCAGGAGAUCAGCAGACAAGGAAUUGGCACAGGAAAACAUCAAUGGCAUAGAGAAACCUCACAGUCCUGAGCCAUAUGAGUUCUGAAGUCAGAACUUAAUUAUAUUGAUUCAGAUAUCAGAGAUGCUUAUCUUCCCUAUUUCUUAGCGAUUAUAGACCUUCCUCUGUAGGAGAUGGAGUCAGGCAGUGCAAAGGGUCCCACAGGUAGGGCUGUUCAGAUCAUAGAUUUUAAAAGCUCUGUAGAAAGAAAUUUCUUGUGGAAAUGACUAUUUCUAUUGUCACCAUAGGAGGUAACUCUCUAGUGGUCCUGCAUGGAAUCAGGGCUCUAAUGACAGCUCUUGAUCAGUGCUGGCCAACAUGAGAUCAUAGUGGAAAUCUCUAUUCCGGUGAUUUAAUCUAAAGUAAUAGCAUUCUGCAGCAGCUUCCAGGACUGCUGCUUUCCUGCUUUUUGUAGGAGAUUUUAGUAACCAUGCAGUUGACUUUUUUUUAAGAACUUAAGUGAACUUAAGUGAAAUUAUUUUAAAAACAAAGUUUUAUUUAUUAGAUACACAAUUAUUGAGCUUAUUUUAAAGUAUUUUUGAAUUUUGAUGAAUAAAUGUUAGUAAAUCAUCUUUGGGAAGCAACCAAUUAUAGGGCAACAAAAGUAAUAUGAAAACAAGGUAUUUGGGUCGCAUGGAUUUUCCUUUGACUUUUGACCCCUUUUACUUUCUGCCCCACAUUUCAAUAAUAAUCUUUCUGAAUAAUUUUCCUGCUUGAAAUGUUAAAGACAAGCACACAUCCAGCAAACCAAACCUUUACUUGAUUUCUGAUGCCUCUUUCAUUGGUAAUGAAAAUCAUAGAGGAAUUUGCCUAUUACCCUCAGGGACAUGACAGACCUUUUUUUACUAGCUGGCAACUUGGAGUCAAUCCAAUAUCGUGGUUUCAGAAAUAAAUUUUUUUAAAUGCUGUUGCUUAACAUUAAAAUAGUUCUCAAAUUGUGGUCCAUGGAGCACUUAUUGGUAAAGAGCUGACUGGUCACAUGAUGCAAACUCCUCCUUUCCAGCUGUUAAAUUAUAUUAAAAGAAGCUUAAAAAAAAUGGUUUAUCUUAUUGCAAUUAAUUUGCUGGGGAGGAAGGGGUGUAAAGGUUAUAUGAAACUUUUGGAGACCAUUCAUAAACCUCCAUAGACCCUUAAAUUGCAGAGCCAGUAAAGGGUACUUCUUGCUACCAUUCUCUGCUUUCUACAUGGGUACACAAUUUCAGCAACAUACAAACUUGUGAUAAGUAAUCUGUUAGUUAUCUCUAAGUUUAUUGUAAAUAAUGGCAAUAGUGAAAAUACAAAACUCAGAUCAGGAAAAGGAGAUGCAGAAACAAGACAUUGGUGUAUAUAUUUUUGGAGAAUGUAUGGGGGAAACAGGAUGGAUUCCUUCCUGCUCAGUCUUGAAGCCUUGACUAGCUAUCUUAAGGCUCGUCUACGCUACCACUUUUGUUGGUAUAAUUUAUUUAAAUUUAUAUAAAACACACCCCUGAAUGAUGUAAGUUAGUGACAGAUGUGCUGUUGUGGACAGUGCUAUGUUGGCAAGAGAGCUUCUCCCACCAACAUAGCUUCCGUUGCUCGUGGAAGUGGCUUUAUGUUGACGAGAGAGCUCUCCCCCGUUGGCAUAGAGUGGCUACAUGAGCGAUUUUUAUAGUGGUGCAGUUGCAUCAGUACAGCUGUGCUGCUGUAAGUUCGCUAGUGUAGACAUGGCCUUUGGAGUUAGAAAGUGAAUUCACUGGUAAUUGAAUCUGUCUUAAGGUGCUGUAGUUAUGACUGGUGUAUAAGAUUUUCUGGGUUCAGAAGGCCUUAGCUUUAAGCUUUGGAAAUAGCAGUAUGUAGAAUGCUCUGGUUAGCUUGUCAGAGCUUUAUGGAUUGAAGACCACCUAGUUUUUGAGGUUUCUAGUUCCCAUAUACUUAGAUUUAUGUUGUCAGGUGCCUGAACUUAAUGCUUUGGCACUGGGAACUGUUUACUUGCCAACAGUAAGUGUGGGGGCAGAAGAUACUGUGUACCAGCACAAGAAUUAAUACAGCUCUUAUGUAUAAAACAUGAAAAAUGUAAUCCUGUUGAUAGACUGCUAUAAAAUGAGAUUACGUUGUAUUGUCAUUUGUACCAUUGUUGUGUAAAAUUUGCUUUACACUAAA